AUGAAAAACUCAAUAUGGUAUUGGAAAUCAAAUCAAUAUCCAUGGUCAAAUGGAGAACUACACGAGAAAGAAGAAUGGAAACCUUAUUCGGAUAUUGAAAAUCAAAUUAUAGAAGAAGCUUUUGUCAACAAUGAAUCUGAAGUGGAACUCGAUAAUUACAUGAUUAAUUUACAACAGAAAAUUCAAUUAAACAAAAAUGACAAAACUAAACAACGACAAAUAAAACGUUCUUUAAAUAAUAAUUGUACAAUACAGUGUCUGAGAGAUGAAAGAUUUUCGGUGCCACAUCAAUUAUGUGAACCAUUCAAAGAGUAUAUUGGUUAUUCCAAAUUUUUUCAUGAAUGGAACAACAAAUAUGUAAAUGAGUCUGGUGGUGAUCUUUUUGAAUCAGCUGCACAAGGCAUAGUCAUCGAAGGUGGAAAAGUUGGUAAAAAAGUAGAAGCACAAUGGAUUGCUAAACAGCUGGUAGCUCUUAAAGAAUGCCACGUUAAGAAAGUCACCGAAGGACUUAUUUCACUAUAUACACUAGAAACGUUUCUUUAUAAAUUGAUCAAUAAAACAUUACGAGAUGAAGAUUUGGAUAAAUUAGACACGUUAGGACCGUUCUGUGCUUUAUUGGCCUAUUAUCUUAUGUACUUAUCAUUACAACACGAUCCCAAUCUAGUUUACCAUGGAUUAGUAUAUCGCGGAGUAACUUUGGAUCGUGGACAAAUUGAGCAAUAUGAAAGAGCUUUAGGAACGAUAAAAAAGUGGACUUCAUUUAAUUCAGCGAGUAAAAAUCGUUCACUUGCACAAAUAUAUGGUAAUACACUGAUUAUUAUCCAAAUUCAAAGGCCUUACUCAGUUUAUGCAACAGAAAUAGCGUCAUAUUCAUAUUUUCCGAUAGAAGAAGAAGUACUGAUUUUGCCAGGAGUAAGAUUUCUAAUAGAACAAGUAGAAUGUAUUAAUGGUAAAUACAAUAUACAUCUGAUUAUUCAGUGA